UCUGUCUGUCUGUGUGUGUGUCUGUCUGUCUGUGUGUGUGUGUCUGUCUGUGUGUGUGUGUCUGUCUGUCUGUCUGUGUGUGUGUCUGUCUGUGUGUGUGUGUCUGUCUGUCUGUCUGUGUGUGUCUGUCUGUGUGUGUGUGUCUGUCUGUGUGUGUGUGUCUGUCUGUGUGUGUGUGUCUGUCUGUGUGUGUGUGUCUGUCUGUGUGUGUGUGUCUGUCUGUGUGUGUGUGUCUGUCUGUGUGUGUGUCUGUGUGUGUCUGUGUCUGUGUGUGUCUGUCUCUGUGUCUGUCUCUGUGUGUGUCUGUCUUUGUGUUAAACUGGAGUAUGUGGAAUAGAGGCUCUAUUCAUAAGAAAAAGAGGGAGGGGUGUGUGUGUGUGUGUGUGUGUGUGUGUGUGUGUGUGUGUGUAUAAUGAUGGCAGUGUUUUUUAUAGUCUUCACUUCUUUAUAUAAAAAAUUAUGUAAUGUAUCAGGACUUCAGACGGCACUUGACUGACAGCAUUGUGGGUGGGGCUUAGACACGUGGCUAAAUUAAAGGACAAUUGUAACUCACCAUGAAGUGUAUGAGUGUGUGUAUGAGUGUGUGUAUGAGUGUGUGUAUGAGUGUGUGUAUGAGUGUGUGGGCAGUGGAAUGCUACGAGACACUAUGUAUUGCGCACAGAGUCGACCACAGAGUCGACCACUCCUGAUUGGUGGAGAUGGAGAGUGGGAGGAGAAUGGAAUGAAAAAGUGCCAGUGUUGGCCAAUCACAGUCAAGGCUGUGUGUGUGUGUGUGUGUGUGUGUGUGUGUGUUAUUACUACAGUAUCACAUGGAGAAAGGGAAACUGGGAUGCAUGUCAGUGUUUGUUAUGGAAUAAGGUGAGAAUUAUUGGAGAUUUUGAUGGGAAGGUUGGGAUUAGAGCUGCAUCACGUGAGGAGUCUGAGGAGAAAAGAAGGUCUUGUGAUGAAGAUUUACAGGAUUCUGAUCUCUACAAUCAAAUGAAGCUUAAAGAUAAAGAGGAACAAGCACCAGUCCAGAGUUUUGGAAUAAAUGAUAAUGUAAUGAGUUUCUGGUUAAGAACCUGGACGUCUGACUGUGUGUUUUUCCAGCAGAACCUUCAGCAUGACAGAAGCUGAACAUCUCAACACAGCUUUUGGAUUUCUGUCUCAUUCUUUCUCUCUGCUCAGGCUGUGAUUUGGUCCUUGUAUCCACUCAUCUCAGACUCAGUACAGUGGUGUGUGUGUGUGUGUGUGUGUGUGUGUGUGUGUGUGUGUGUACAGGAUGUUUUUUGAAAGAAAGUGGACAAAAAAAACAGCAUAUUGAUUCUCUGGAGGUUGCAGUUUGUUUCUGAACUUCCUGUUAAUGUGACUUUCUGUUGAUGUAACUUCCUGUUGCGUGUGUGUGUGUGUGUGUGUGUGUGUGUGUGACUCAGCUGUUUCCUGCCAUGUUUGGUAGCGUUAAAAAGAUAGUGUCUGCAUUUGAGACAAGGAAACAUCCCCAUCCUCUACCUCCAUCUCUGUCUUCACUCUGUUCCUCCUCCCAAAACCCCUCACAUAUUAAACAGACCCCACCCCUUUCCACCACACCCACUCCAGUUCUAAAAACAAUCCCCUGUCUGUUCACCACGCCCGAGCCCCACCCCCACCCCUCUCAGCCAAUAGAACAGCUGGCUAUGAGUGAGAGAGAUGAUGGAGAGGGAGAGAAGCAGAAUGUUGUGUUGAGAAGAAGUGGAGAAGGUCGGAGGAUUCCACGUGUCAGGCUGCGGGAUUCUUGGCCAAUAGGAAAGUUCAGCUGCAUCGAAAGGAACUUCCUCUCAUUUGUCACAGUAGAAACCAAAGAACCAAUCGGUUUUUCCAAAUGUCCUCCAGAAUUAGAUAGAAGAAGACUGAGACCUACACACUGCAAAUUCACCACAGGACCCAACACCACCUCCACCACAGGACUCAACACCACCUCCACGACCUCCACCACAGGACCCAACACCACCUCCACCACAGGACCCAACACCAUCUCUACCACAGGACUCAACACCACCUCCACGACCUCCACCACAGGACCCAACACCACCUCCACCACAGGACCCAACACCAUCUCUACCACAGGACUCAACACCACCUCCACGACCUCCACCACAGGACUCAACACCACCUCCACAACCUCCACCACAGGACUCAACACCACCUCCAAAGCAAGACCUAAUUCCCCCACAGGGACUAAGGCUAGCUCUGCUGUAAGCCCUGCUGCUAAGGUCAAUAGAGGAACUCACAGUUGUAAGUUAACUAUAGGUGCUAAUGCUAACUCAAACAGUGAGCUGUCUCUCGGACGCCAUCAUCCAGUUCUUGAUUGUGGUGCUGAUAAAAGUGCAUUUGAACCUUCUGAAGUUAGUGUGUUUCCAAAACAAGUGAUUCUGGGUAAUGCUGUUGCUGGAAAAGGGAGGGGCCAGGGAAAGGGGAGGGCAUUCCAACCCCAGUUAAGACUCCGCCCCUCUGACACCACCUUUUUCACCCUGCUGUUGCUCUUGCGCAGUGGGUCCAGUAACAGCAUGAUUGCCAUAGACAACAAGAUUGAGCAAGCCAUGGACCUGGUGAAGACCCACCUGAUGCUGGCUGUGAGGGAGGAGGUGGAGGUUCUGAGGGAGCAGAUUAAGGAGCUUGCAGAGAGAAACGCUCAACUGGAGAGAGAGAACUACAUCCUCCGAGCUCUGAGGGAGAACCAGUGACGUUCUCCAUCCCAGUUCUUAAGCAGAAAUGUCUUCAGCAUCAUGGAAAAUGUGGUCCAGACAACUUGGAGUCCAUUCUGAAAUCUGACCAAAAGGUUUAUGAGAUGGAUCGACAGACAGAGGGAUGAAAACAUGUUUAGAUAAAUGUGAAGACAAUAAAUAUAAAAAAGGUCUUAAAGAGAAUUUUAGAAUACACACAAUGGGUGGAAACAGAUUGAUGCUAAUACAUUAAUAGUGUUGAAAUCAUUGACACAGAAUUCUGUAUGUUUAUUUAUGUUGUUAUUACAAAGAGAUAGAGUGUGUGUGUGUGUGUGUGUGUGUGUGUGUGUGUGUGUGAGAACAGUGAGCUUUUUUUUUUAUAAUAGUUAAUAUAAUAAUAUUGGUCCAUGGUUACAGCUGUAUGAGGAGGAGGAUGUGUGUUUGUUGUGUUUGUGUUUGUUGUGAUUAACAAACAGGAUUCUGUACGAACAAGACUUUAAUAUAUCUAAUAAAUAAUCUCUCUUUUUAUCUUA